AUGGCCAACCAUACCUAUGUUGAGCAGCUCACUCCGCUGGACUUGCUUAUGCCGAGAACCUACAUCAGGGUUCUUUUGGCUUUCGAAACGGCAAUUCCUACCCCAGCACUCAUACAUAGCCUCCAAUGCGGUCUUGAUAAGCUUUCGAAACAACUUCCUUGGCUCUCUGGGCGAGUAUUUCCGACUACUUCUAUCCAACACAAAGCCUCUCUUGAGAUCCGGUCCAAUGCGGGUCAUACACCAAGCCUGGUCGACAAAGGCUCCAUAGCGGCACCAUACACGGCCCUGUCUUCUCAUGGAAUGUCUAUGGAGGCCAUUCCACCAGAGGUCUGGCCAGUACCAAGCAUGAUCGACGAUGUUCUCUUCACAACGGGUGCCCCUGCGUUCGCCGCAAGCCUCUUUCGCUUCGCAGAUCAAGGCGUGGGCUUGUGUGUCUGCUUCCAUCACCAUGCUGUCGAUGCAACUGGACUUUCAGAGGUUCUACAACUGUGGGCUCGAAAUGUUGCUGAAACUGGGUUUGAGUUCUCAGGUUCACCCCAAACCAGACUCGAACGUCUUUCAAAAGCACUUUCGCCAGAUUUUGAAGAGAUCGCAUCUCUGUCAUCUGAAAAUCUCUUAGCACUGCACCCUGAAUACUCCAAAGCACCACCUACGAUGCCAGAAGAGUUCGCCCCAUCCACAUCUAAGCUAUUCACGAUUCCGAUCCACCAGAUCAAUGCCCUCAAGGAGACCCUACGAGAAUAUACAUCAAAUGCACCGACUACAAAUGUUCUACUCUGCGCAUUGAUCUGGGCUACAAUUACGCGUGUUCGAGCCAACCGCAAUCCGGAUCUUGCAAGCGAAACGAGCCGACUAGUCACGGCAGUGAAUGGUCGGCAGCGCAUUAGCAAGACAUUUUCGGUACCUGAAAACCCGUAUUUCGGAAAUGCUGUCCUUUACUCCCUGACAAACCUUCCUGUUGGAACCUUGACCGCACCCGAUGAGAACGCAAUGCCCUCGCUUGCCGGAAUAUGUGACAGAAUCUUCGCGUCACAAUCGCCCUCUAAGAUCGGCUCACGGCACAUCGCUGAGGUUUAUGGGUUGCCAGAUCGUAUGCAAGAUUAUAGGUCUCUUUUCGUGGGUUGGGAUUUGUUUGGAUCGCGUGAUCUCACCAUCACAAGCUGGGCUGAUCUCGACAUUUAUGCUAUGGACUUUGGUGUUAUGCUCGGGAAGCCGAAGUUCGUUAGAUUUCCCUACAUGGAGGCAGAUGGGGUGGCUAUUAUUCUGCCGCGCCGGAGGAAUUUGUCUGAGGAAAUGCUCGAAGUAAUGGUCAUGCUACGCAGAGAUGAUAUGGGCUCCUUAGAAAAUGAUAACAUGUGGCAGACUCUGGUCUCUGGAAACUAG